AUGCGAUCUCAGGCCCAGCUUGGAGAUUUCGAAUCGGCGAAGACAGCGGCAGUCCCAAGAAGAAGCAAGGCAGUCGUCGACCUGGCACUGGAAACAUAUCUACUCUCGGAAAAGAACAGUGAAAAUUCUGGCCAGAAGAUGACUAUGGAUCCAACGUUCAAGCAAUACGCCGUCUCACAAAUGAAACUCUUUCUCUUCGCUGGCUACGACACGACAGCCGCUGCGGUGGUCUAUUCUAUCCACCUCCUUUCGCUUCACCCAUCUACUCUAUCAAGAGCGCGCCAAGAGCACGACGAUGUCUUCGGAUCCGACAGCACUGUACAGGAGACUGGAACUCGCAUCGCAGAAACCCCCCAGCUACUCAAUCGACUGGCAUAUACAUCAGCCGUCAUCAAAGAGGCUCUCCGGCUGUACCCACCCGUGUCCAGUACGCGUGCAUCUGGACCAGGCUUCACGGUAUCAGAAACCGACAAGACGGGUCUCGAAGGCUUCAUGCUUUGGGGUGUGCACCACGCUAUCCACCGGGCACCAGAGCACUGGGUGAGGCCGGACGAUUUUGUCCCGGAACGCUGGUUGGCCUCUCCGGGUGACGAGCUGUACCCCGCGGACAAGGAGGCGUGGCGGCCGUUUGAGCGAGGCCCGCGAAACUGUAUCGGCCAGGAACUCGCCUUAUUGGAGGUGAAGGUCAUUUUGGCCAUGGUGCUGCGGGAUUUUGACUUUGCGGAUGCUUACGUCGAGUUCAACAAGACGAUGGGCAGGACGGGUCCCACAGAAGUAGCAGGGGAUCGUGCCUAUCAGAUCAUUCAUGGAAGCACUAAGCCCAACAACGGUUAUCCUUGCAGGAUCAAGCAAGCCACAAGAAUGUCUUAG